AUGCCAUCAGUAAUGGAGCGCUCAGGUUCUGGGGUUCUGUCCCGCAGCAGAGCCAAAACAGCUACCAAUGGCAACAGUCAACACUCAGAUGAGGAGAGCAGUGAAGAAGAACACUCACAUGAUAGUAUGAUUCGUGUAGGUGCAGACUACCAGGCACAAAUCCCAGAUUACAAGCCAGAGCUUGAACCAGACUACAUAGAGAAAGACCAGAGAAGUAUGCUUGUAUGGUCACCAAACAGCCUGGUGUCUGCUGCCAUGUUGGAUGAAUACAUCCUGAUGGCAAAGGAGAAGCAUGGCUACAAUAUGGAACAGUCUUUAGGCAUGCUGCUCUGGCACAAACAUGAUGUUGAGAAGUCUCUGGCUGACCUGGCUAACUUCACACCAUUUCCUGAUGAGUGGACAGUAGAAGAUAAGGUGCUUUUUGAGCAGGCCUUCAGUUUUCACGGCAAGAGCUUCCACCGCAUCCAACAGAUGUUACCAGAUAAGCUGAUAUCCAGUCUGGUAAAAUACUACUAUUCCUGGAAGAAGACAAGGACUCGCACCAGUGUCAUGGACCGGCAAGCUCGCAAACUCGUGAACAAAAGAGAAAAGGGUGACAGUAAUGAUGAGAUGGAGGAGGGAGAACCAGGCAGUGACGGUGACUUUGAGAUUAACGCAAAAAAAGAGAAUAAGCAGAGCUCUGGUGCUGGAGGAGGGAUUGACAGGAGCUCUGGGAGGCCUGGUCCAAUACGCAAGGAGAACCAGGGGGCUCAGUACAGACACCAUCCUCUAAGGUCACGUCGCAGACCUCCCAAGGGCAUGCAUCUGGAUCAGGAAGACAUUACUGCCCUGUCAGCUUCUGUCGAGUCAGGAACCAUCUCCAACCGCCAACUCGACACUCAGCUAGUGUCUCUCAAGCGACAGGUUCAAAGUAUUAAGCAAGCGAACAGUGUUCUCAAGCGCAGUUUGGCAGAAGGCAUUGAUGUCAUAAGACCAGCUGAGCUGAACCCUAAGAUUAACGCACGCUGGACUACAGAGGAGCAGCUUCUGGCUGUACAAGCUAUCAGGCGCUAUGGAAAAGACUUUGCAGCCAUAGCUGACGUGAUUGGCAACAAGACGGCAAGUCAAGUGAGCUCGUUCUUCGUUAGUUACCGACGCCGCUUCAACCUGGAGGAAGUGUUGCGAGAGUGGCAGGCAGAACAAGAAGUGCUGCGAGGGAGCACAGAGGUUAUGAAAGACCUGAAUGGAAGUGCAGUUGAAGAAGAUGAGGCAAAAAUGGACAGUGCCUCACCUACAGACUCUGGCAGCCCCAAUCCCUCAUCUGAAGCAACCAGCAUAUCCAAUUCCAGCCAGUCUUCUCCUCCACUUACCCAGCCCCCGCCCUUGCUGCGCCCAACUCCCCCGAGUGCUCCCCCCAGCCUGUUGCGUCAACCUCCUCCUCUACAAACGCGCCCUCUUCAGACCCGAACACCCCACAACCAUCCGCCACCUCCACUCAUCCGCCCCGCAGUGGCCUCGUCUCACAAUCAAAGUGGCAUGAGGAACUCCUCUACACCUGCUGGUUCACAGAUUCCUCCCUCACUGGUGGGGCUUAAAGUAGAGCCAACACACUCGCACUGAAUCAGUCAUGCUGGUUUCGGACCAAGUUUUAAUUUUAGGUUGUAGAUUUAAGAGAGAGUUAGGGGAUUUAAAAAAAGGUUUAAAAUCAGUGUGACACCAGUGUAUAGGUGGUAAAGGAUUCAACAUACACACACUAGUGUAGUUUGCCAGAUGGAGACAGUUACAGUGUUAGAUAAAAUGAGUAAGCACAGCAUCCUCAUCAGACACAUACACAAACACAGCCAUUCUCAAUAACCUAGUACAGCCGAAACCUCAGUCUACUUGCCAAAAACUGACCAGAAGCCACACUUCCACAACAGGCUUCAGCUUUAAUGAUAUACCUCAAACAAGCCACAGAACCCACCAUUGUGUUUGCAUUAUCAAUCACGGAAAUGUCCUUUAACAAAGCAUCAUUAGUAUCUGAACCAAAACGUCUAAUACACUGGAUCAUAAUGAAAUGCCUUGAUGACUGAAUUGCAGUUUUCUCCAUCUUCAUGGCAACCGCAGGACGUAUCAAACUGUGUAAUGAUGAAGCCUAAAUGUUCCUCAGGAGUCAGGAAACUGGGAACCGGUGUUAAUUUGUACACUUUCAUUAAAGAGCCAUGGACUACUAGAGUUGAACUUAGUGAAGUUUUUGUAUUACUCAUUACUGGAAGUAUUUGGUAGGUAGCAAAAUUAGACAAUGUAGAUGUAGUUAUUAUUCAAGCACUAACUGACCUUAAAUACUUGACUCUUCUUGCAUAAACUGAAAUCCUUUUAUCCUUAAACUGACUGGACUGCCCUGCUCUUGAAGGCAAAAUGUCAAGUUGCAACACUAAAUGUAAUAGUUUGUGUCUUUUUUUUUUUUUUUUUAACCAAAACUUUGUAUAUGAGAUAUUUACAGGUAAUCCUGGAUUGGGUUGUGAUU